CUAUAACAAAACACCAUGCACAAGGAGCAAACGUGGACUUUGAUCUGCACAUCGACAACUUUGCCACGUUUCGUGUGGUGACGCAACACGUUAAACACUUUGUGCAGGAGCAACAGCUAGAUUGCAUACAGCUCAGAUCAUCACACAAAGAUGGAGGAGAAACAUUUGUAGAUCACUGAAGGACAAACGUUUGGAAAUUGAAACACUUUUUAGUUAAAACAAAUCAACCAUGGAAGAUAUUCUCACCAAAGGUACCGGACCCAGCAGCCGGACUGACAAUUUUGUGACUAAAAAGUCCGGGGAGCCCACCUACGGCAGUAGUAUGUCAAUCCUUCUCUUGCAGCUGACGUGCAUGAUUGCCGUGUUUCUCAUCACCCUCGCCGGAGCCCUCCUACCUCUGAAGGUGAUUGGAACAAAAGCGAGCCAGUCAAUCAAACGACGCCAGCGAUCGGAAAAGAUCCUGAGCUACUGCAACUGUCUGGCUGGGGGCGUGUUUCUAGCCACUUGCUUCCUGGGGCUGAUUCCUGCAGCCCGAGACAAAUUCCAGGAGAUUUUUCGAGAGAAGAACAUUACCACCGAGUAUCCGUUCUGUGAAGCGGUCGUGGUGCUUGGAUUUUUCCUGAUCUUGAGCUUGGAGCAGUUGGCACUGUCUUUGCAACAGCAGUGGCAGAACAGGGGCAAGGCCGACGAGAUACAGAUGAAAAAGGUCAGCCUGAAGUUCAACGCCAAGGAUGGAAAGGUCAAAGUGGACACGACUGAUCUCGAGGAUGAAGAAGAGGAUGAAGAUUUGUUUAACAGAGACUCGGACACACAGCCCAUGCUUGGGCCAGCAAAGGGCAUUACAGAGGAAAGAAAUGGGGGUUACCGAAGAGACAAUGUUUCCCGUCUUGAUGAAACAAACGAUCUUGAAGCUGGGAGCCACUCCCACAAUGCUGGUUCGCAUGGACACAGUCACCUUAGCAACAUCAACAACUCAGGGCUGCUGCGGUCACUCAUCCUCCUCUUCGCACUCUCGACGCAUUCCAUCUUUGAGGGCAUGGCUCUGGGUCUUCAGGAGGACAUCAAACGCAUCGUCUACCUCCUGAUAGCAAUGCUUGCUCACGAGAGCCUGGCUGCCUUUGCCUUAGGUGCCAGCCUCAUUAAGAAUUCCGUCAGCACCUACGCCUUUGUCAUCUACGGAGUUCUCUUCGCAGGAAUGAUUCCGUCCGGUAUCGCCCUCGGUCUCUGGAUCCGAGCCUCCCCGGGAUUCGGAGCCGUUGUCUGCUCAGCCGUCAUGCAAGCCAUCGCAGCGGGAAUCUUCAUCUUUGUCACAUUUUUCGAGAUUCUCAACCACGAGUUUGAGGUGCACAGAGACCGCCCGCAGAAAAUAGCAUUUGCCGUCCUGGGCUACGUGAUCCUUGCAGCAUUGGAGGCAGUGCAAUGAUGUAGUUUUCGUCACUUGUUUUCACUUUUAAUACCAACUUCAUAUACACCGAGCUUAUCUUUAGGCUGAAUAGGUGUGACCCUUGCUUUCAUAUGUAGCGCCCUCUGCUGAGCUUUAUUGGGAAGUGGCAGGCAAAAAUUCUCCCAUACUUGUACUGUAAUGUGUUUACUUUAUGCAUGCAUACAUAGGGAAUGUCAUAAAAACCAGCAUUUAGGCCUACAUAUUUGUCAGAUGGAUGUAUCUCACGAACCCCCCCCCCCCCCCAUAAAUUACAGUGCCUAAUUUGCAUAAUGUAUUAUAUUAAUGUACUUGCAUAAUGAAUAUGAAGAGUACAUGUAUUUACAUAAAGCCAUCUGUCAUCCUUGAAUGUUUUCUUCUACCGUUGGAAUCGUAAAUUCAAAAUUGUGACCUGUUCUGUCAAAAUUAGACUUUUCUGGGCAUAAGGUCGAAAAUGAUAUUUUUAC